CAAACAGCUGGGAAAGAAAGUGGAGGAACUACAAGCGGCCCUGGAAAAGAAAGGGACAGAAACAGAGUUUGAAAAGGAGGACAGAGGGGAGAGUGAGAGGGUGAGGAGCCUCAGGGAGAGGGUGAGCGAACUGGAGGCCACCCCGGCGGAGAGCAAAGAGUCAGGGAGAGCUGGGGGAAAGAGAGAGAGAGUGGUAGAGCCAGACCGAGAGGUGUUGCGUAGGCUCCAGAGCCGUGUGGUGGAGCUGGAGGGGAAGCUGAGGGACUGUGUUCCCCAUUCGGAGUUGGACGAGGUGCAGGUGACCCUGGUCUGCAGUGUGAGCAGCUGGCCAGGGAGAGAUCCGAGGCCAGCCUGAGACUGAACGAGGCCCAACUGGAGCUGGAGAGACUACGGCCAACCAGCCCCACACACUGUCAGGGAGAUGAGGAAGAGAGGUCGGAAGGGUCAGAGCCCGCCAUCACAUCAGUGCUCCCUGAGACGGGUGAGAGAGGAACUGGAGGUGGCUAGGCAGGAAGCAGCUCAGGCUCAGGACUGUCUGUGUGCGGAGCGUGAGGGUUGGUCUCAGGACACCCUGCACCUGAGACAUGCAGUACCCUUGUCCCAACACACAGAGGCGCUGACGGCUCUGUCGGAGCAGCUGGCCCAGACAGCCCAGGAACUGCAGGCGGAGAGGGCUUUGCGAUGCCACGCCCAGACAGAGACGGCCAGGCUGGAUGCCCAACUACAGGCCACACAACAGGACCUUAUACCCUGGGAGGAGCAUGACAAAGUUAAGGCGGAGCUGCAGCGCUCCCUGCAGGCCAGUGAGAACAGUGCGGCGGAGGCCAAGGAGGCUUUGAGUGUGAAGGAGACAGAGCUGAGAGACCUGAGGUCCCAGAAGGCUGUGGAACAGGGCCUGGUGUCCAAGGAGGACCACGAGUCCCAGCGCCUCUCACUGCAGGCCGAGAUCAACGCAUUCACCGCCCAAUUCAACAACCUCACACGCAAACACAAGAAGACUUGUUGUAUUUGUUCCUGUUCACCAAAAUACAGAGAAUUGUAACAAAGUUCGAGACUGAAACCUUAACUCAAGAGUUAACCACAAGCCACAUGUUACUGACUACACAUUGGACUGAUGUGCACCAGGGCUUCCUUUCUCCUAGCAUUAGUUAUGUGUGUGUUCUAUACAGGAUCUCCUUGCCACCUUUCCUUUCAUGGCCAUCGACGUGCUCUCCCUCCUCCACUUGUCUUUAUCUCUCCUCACUCCCCCCUCUUUCCCUCUCUCCCCUGACUCCCUCCCAACAGGUGUUCCAGGUGCAGCGUGAGGCUCUGUUUAAGAGUGAGUGUCAGGUGGCCGAGGCUCAGCUUGCCACGGCGCAGCAGCAGCUGGCUGACCUGCAGGCCCAGUCCAGCCACGUCCAGGAGCUCCACAAAGACAUCCAGGACUCCCAGGCCCUGGUCAAGGAGAAGGACCGCAAGGUAAGACUGAGACACAAAUGAUAGAAGUCAAAUUUUGCGACAAUGUCCUUUAUUCAAAAUCAACCCCUAGCCCCUCCCCCUUCGCCUGGCUACCCAUCCACAUCACUCUGGUCAAACACCACACCAACUAACAUUUAUUCUACAUGAUGAGUCUGGAUUUGAUCUCCUCCCUGACGACUUUUCAAAUGCGAACACAUUGAAACCAUUCUGAUUGAUCCCUAAAAAAACGAUGGGUUGGGCCAGAGCCUGAACACACGUGGGAAAGCGUUUCGUAAAUAGAAAUAGGCUUUGAUACUCUGAUUGGUUACAGACGAUCCAAUCGCUGAUGACUUGUUUUGUACAACGCCCCUCACUUUUACGUCAGCAGAAACAGCUUCUACAGUUGCGGUCACAGACUGAAUGUACAGUGCAUUCGGAAAGUAUUCAGACCCCUUGACCUUUUCCACAUUUUGUUACGUUACAGCUUUAUUCUAAAAUGUAUAAAAUAAUGUUUUCCCCUCAUCAAUCUACACACAAUA